AACAAAAUGCUUUAUAUUAAAUACAUUAAGUCUCACUUUCACGUAUUGGCUCAAACGCGAAGCAUCCUUCCGGCUUUCCGUAGCUUGGACUUGGACUACGUUGGCAACAUGGCGUCGUCAGAUGUCCACGUCCGAAUAUGUGAACAAGAAAUACUCAAAUAUGACUUGGAAAUUAAAGCUCUCAUCCAGGAUGUUAGUGAGUGUACAGGCCCUCAAAGCAGCCUGACAGAACUCAACGCUGAGGUGAAAAAGAGUUUUCACAACCUCCGAUUACGGAUUCAGGAUUUAGAGCAGAUGGCCCUGGAGCAGGACAAAGAAUCAGACAAACAGGCUUUGAUUAGUCAGGUAGAGGGACACAAAAAACAGAUGCUGAGUAACCAGACGGCUUGGAGGAAAGCCAACCUGGCCAGCAAACUGUCCAUCGACAGUAUGGAAAAGCAGGCCCUUCUCAGUGGAGCAGAUAGUGCCGUGAGACAGAGGAAGAUGACCAAAGAGGCCCUGGCACAGACCACCAGUGGCAUCACAGAAAACCUUAUGAGCAUCAGUCGAAUGAUGGCCCAACAGGUUCAUCAGAGCGACGAGACCAUGACAUCACUAGCAACCUCCUCGAGGACCGUCCAAGAAACCAACGAGGAAUUUAAGACCAUGACAGGGACCAUUCAGCUCGGGAGGAAACUCAUCACCAAGUACAACCGUCGGGAGCUCACUGACAAGCUGCUCAUCUUCCUGGCGCUCGCCCUCUUCCUCGCCACAGUUCUCUACAUCCUUAAGAAGAGACUGUUUCCUUUUCUGUAAACCCUGUGCCUAAGAGCUGCUAACAUAACCACAUACAGUACUUUCCGUGCCGACACAUUAUACUGUAGUGGCUGCUCAGUGGAAUGCGGCCUGCUCCCUCGGCCGAGCCGUGACACAGCUUCUUACUGUGUGAAUUCAUCAUUCAAAGGGAAAAACGGAUUAAAGCUAGCACUUGUUGACGGCACUUCUAUCUUUAGUUUGUAAAACGAUGCAGUGUUCCCCUUCUACUUCUGUCAGAUGUAUGAGGAUGUUUUGUGUCUUCUGCAGACAUUGUUUUAAGAUUUUGUUCAGAUCUAACAUUUUAAAAUCUAUAUAAAUCACACUGCACACUAAUAUAGUGUGUUAAGGAAAAUAUUGUGGAUGGAAGUCUGACAUCAAAAAAUUAAGGACGUGCGUGGUUAUAAUAUGGGACCUAACACAGUAAAUAAUGACCUCAUUUUCACAAGUUCUCUGUUUAGCUACAUAAUUUUUCUUCUUUUUUUCUCUAAGUUUUUUCAUGAAGUACACUUACUGUGAAGUAUAAUUGAUUACUGCAUCAUAAUGAACCAAUGCUUUUAUCAAGGCAGCAAAGAUCGAUAAGCUCCCUUAGGACUGAAACUUUGACUUGCUUGUUGUGACUCCUCAGCACAUAAAACACAACGGUUCCUUAUAUGCGCAUUCCAAAUUGCUGCAUUUUAAACAGAGUGGUGAGUGUAGGUCUCUCCUCCGUCUCUGCCCUUGUGUCGGCAGCGGAGCAGAAAAGCCCCGUCCAACGGUGGCAGCGAUCACGGUGGCAGAGAUAGAGCAGCAUGCAUUUCUGCCUUUCCUCAGAUAAGACCCAGAAAAGCAGAUUAUUCUGACUUGUUUCCCGGCUCCCUUUCCAGUGUGGGUGGAGAGUGAGGGGGAAUAUUUUUAGGUUUGUGUGGUGCUGUUAUCUGACGUUGCCUUUUCAACACCUCAGAGGAGAGGGUGGCCAGAGGAGCUACAUGACCUUGCUACCCUGUAUUCCAAAGGCCCACUUUUACUGUUUUGUUUAUUACAUGUAUUUAAUUUCAGUAUUGAUUAUUUAUAAAAUACAAACAUUUCUGACUUGA